CCGCUGGAGCUGGUGGCUAGGCUUGCCCCCGCUGUGGCCCCCACCCCUGAUGACCGGGAGGCCCUGGCGCAGCUGUCAGCCCUGGCACAGCUCUCCGUGCGCCUGCUGGCACCGGGGGCACCGGGAGAGGCUGCAGCAGCUGGGGAGGCAAUAACAACAACAACGGCAACAGCAGCAGCGUCAGCUGCAGCGGCGACGGGAUGGGCACCAACAGCAGCUGCAGCAGGGGGGCCAGCAGGGCUAGUUGCGUACAUGACGACAGCUGACAGCCGGACAGCCGCUGGUACAGCGAACAACCCCACAACCGCUGCUGCAACCCUGAUUGCCGGUACAGGCACGGCCCCGCCCUUCCUCAGCCCCUCGUCUAGGUCCCCCAGCAGUAUUGCGGCUGCUGUUGAUGCUGCCUCCAUCUCCUCCUCCUCAUUGUCAGCCUCAACCUCAUCUUCAGCCUCUUCGGGUGACCGGACACUUAGCACUUCAACCGCCAGGACAACUGCAACCGCCGCGGCGGCGGUUGCCGCCCUCACUCGCGUCCGACCCGCGCGCGUCGCUCGUCUGGCGGGUGAGUUGGGUUCGUUGCUUCCGGAGCUGGCGCCCGGUAUACUGUACGGCGGAGAUGUGUUCGUACGGGCGCUGGUUCGGCGCGUGUCGGCACGCUUGGUGGAGGCGGCGAGGGUGGCGGCGGCCGGGGGGACAGCAGGUGCCGGCAUGGCUACGAAUGUUGGUG